GGGGCCCGCUCGGGGCGCGAGGUGGGCGCGGAGACCCCGCCCGUCCCGCUGCCGCCGCCAUGAAGCUCCGCGUACGGCUGCAGAAGCGAACGGCGGCCCUGGAGGUGCAGGGGGCGGAGCCAACGCUGGGGGAGCUGCGCGCGCAGCUGCGCCUGGCCCUGCUGCCCGCCUGGGGGUACAGUUCUGAUACCACGUUUUCAAUAACACUGAACAGAAAAGAUGCUCUCACAGAGGAUCAGAAGACCUUAGCUUCAUAUGGGAUUGUUUCUGGUGAUUUGAUAUGCUUAUUACUAGAAGAGCCAGAUGGACAGCCCAGCCUACCUCCUCUUCCUGCUACUCCUGCCCCACUUCAGAAUGGUCAUGAGCCGUCCAACAGUCAGGCCAACAGUGCAAGAGAAGGGCAGGUGGAAGUUCAAGAGAGUGGUGAGAGGGCAGGAUCCAGCCAAGAAUUUCCUUCUAGAUUAGUCCCAGAAGAUCCUGACCUGGAAGAAAGUACAGGUUCCUAUCCCUCUGAACCCAUGCUGUGCAGUGAGGCUGCUGAUGGUGAAACACCCCAUUCCUUAGAGGUGCUCUACCUUUCUGCUGAGUGUACCAGUGCCACUGAUGCCUUGAUCGUUCUGGUUCAUCUUCUCAUGAUGGAGACAGGCUAUGUACCUCAGGGGAUAGAAGCCAAGGCAGUCUCCAUGCCAGAGAAAUGGAGAGGGAAUGGUGUUUAUAAGCUACAGUACACACAUCCCCUUUGUGGAGAAGGUUCUGCUGGUUUGACUUGUGUGCCUCUGGGAGAUCUUAUUGCUAUAAAUGCAACAUUAAAAAUCAACGAAGAGAUUAGAAGUAUUAAGAGAAUCCAGCUAUUGCCAUCAUCCUUUGUUUGCUUUCAGGACCCAGAGAAGGUUGCAGGUGUUUACAAAGACCUUCAGAAAUUGUCCCGUCUCUUUAAAGACCAGCUGGUUUACUCUCUCCUAGCUGCUGCCCGACAAGCUUUGAACUUGCCAGAUGUGUUUGGGUUAGUGGUCCUUCCUCUUGAGCUCAAGCUUCGGAUUUUCAGACUCCUGGAUGUCCGUUCCCUGAUCUCUCUCUCGGCUGUUUGCCGUGAUCUCUACACAGCUUCCAAUGACCAGCUUCUGUGGAGGUUUAUGUACCUGCGGGAUUUCCGAGAUCCUAUUGCAAGACCUCGUGACACAGAUUGGAAAGAACUAUACAAGAAAAAGUUGAAACAGAAGAAGGAAGCCCUGAGAUGGAGGCACAUGAUGCUUCUGCCCCCUAUACCUCAUCCAAUCCCCUUUCAUCCCAACCCAUUCUAUCCUAAUCCCUUUCCACCCAACCCAUUCCCAUCAAAUCCAAUCUAUCCCCCAAUGAUCAUUGGGGGAGAAUAUGAUGAGAGACCAACACUUCCAUAUGUUGGAGACCCAAUUAACUCACUCAUUCCUGGCCAGGGAGAAGCACCAGGUCAGUUUCCUCCAUUCAGACCACAUUUUGACCCCAUUGGCUCCCUGCCUGGAGCAAACCCCACGCUUCCAGGACGAGUUGGGCCCAGUGACAGGUUUCCACCUCGACCCAGCCGGGGCCGACCCAUGGACAUUCGCCGUGCAUUCAUUUGAUUGCUGCUUUUUCCUGCAGGGAGUUCUGUAGUUGCUGAGCUUGCUUUCUAACUGUAGGAGAUUGCAGAUCCCAGGCACUAACAUCUGCCUUCAGACUGUGUCAAGAACAUGUGUGCAUGGUGAUGUCCCAACUGCAGAGGCUGGGUUUGUUUUGUGCUCUGGUAGUGCUGUAUCACCUGGCACUUAAGGUCUGUUCCUCAAAGAGCUACGACUUAGAGCAGUUUGUUCUGCUGCCCCCCUCCUUGCCCUUGAUCGUCUGUGAAGUGCUACUUAGAGACCAGAAUAACAGCCAAAUCCUUACUGCAUCAGAUAAAGAGCACUUUAAAUACAAACCCUCUACUUGUCUGUUUUAUUUGAAGAGUUUUACUGCAUUGCCAGGAUGAAAGGUUUUGUUUAAAAUCUAUUCAGCUAAUUAAUAAUCGUUGUUAACAAAAAAGUUACCACAUAGAACAGGAUACUGCCACUGUUAUGGUGGAUGUGUGUUCAUGGAAAUUUUUAAAGGUGUUGUUUCCUUUUUCCUUUAAUGUUUUAUUAGGUAAAAAGCAUUUUUGUAUUGUUACUUAAUGCACAAAGAAUACAGCAAAGGGAUUUUCUUUACAAUGGAAAUAUUAGAACACAAAUAAAUUCAUUUUACAAACAAUUGAGUAAAGUCAUGCCACAGUGCAACUCAGAAGUUUAAGCAGAAGCAGAACAAUUUUACAAAGAAUCAGCAGCAAAACUUUUGACUUUGUCCUUGACUUUACAAAUAAGGAUCUGUAGUACACGACUGCAUUUACUGUGUUUGAACUAAAAGUGGUGUGAAAAUGUAUCUGUUCUUCCUAUCUGACAUACUUAAAGAAUUAAAUAGGCUGAACCUGGUUACAGUGGGGAUGGAAUCACAACAACAUAAGAAGCAGAAUGUGUUCUGACUUUAGUAAAUUCCAUUUAGUUCCAUUACUUAAGUAUCAGAUGAUAACUUGCCAAAAAGAAAUGUGUCGUAGCAUGUUAUGAGCACCUUUCAAGUGUUGUCUCAUUAACUAAUGAGCAGCUAACAAGACCACUGUUAAGGUUUCCUGAUGAGACCUGCAAACUGAUGCUGGAGCUCAAUUAAAGGAAGACUGGAAUGACUGAACUUUGCUAGAACUUUUAAUUUCUUAUGUAUUUUUUAAGAUGAUUGAUCUCAGUGUUUCUAUAAAUGUGAAUGGUACUAAUGGCUGUUGUGACAACUGAUAUUAUUUUCUAAAACUUUUUUGAAAUUCCAGCUGUGGAAAUGGAAUGACAUUUCCUGUUAAAUACAAGCUAUUUAAUCAGUAAUUCUUAUGUGCUUUUUCUGGUGAGAUUUCAGUGGUUCAUCCUCUCGUUUUGUAUAAAAUCAGCUGACAUUAGAAAGGUCAGGGAGUUUUGCCAGUGGAAGUAAAAUAUAAUACUUUAUUUUGCUGUCAAAAGUUGUAUUGCUUCUUUCUUCCUUUUCUUCUUCACAGAGAUAGUUUUCCUUCCCUACCAAGAUUAGCCUUAGCUUUUGCCUUCAGUGGUUGAAUUGCCUUGUUCCAAAAGCAUUUUCACCAGUGAAAUGCAUAGUCAGAUCUCUUAGAGUUUGCAGCAAUUCUUUAUAUUCCACUGACUAUAAAAAGGAAAAGGUAAAUCUACACUGUAUUGGUCUUGCACAAUUUUGUCCUUGUGAUGCUUCAGCAGUGCUUCAGCAAUGCGUAAAUAAUACUCAGAUAAGGUUACAGAGCUUUAACUGAUAAAAUAAUUCAUAACUUAUCUUUUUUCUUUCUUUUCCAAGCUAUUUCUGGGAACAGUGAUCACAUAAUGCGUGUUAGAAGUUAAUUUUGUGGUGCCAGUGGUGCUCACAUUGCCAAUGCCUUGAUGACAGUCGCAUGGUUUGCCCUGCUGGCAAGCCACGUGCUGCUCUGGAAUUGGGCCCUCUUUGCUGAAGACAACCAUGAAGUCAUACUUCUGCAGGCUGAUGCCAGAGGUUCAGUUUAUCCUGGAUUUUGUCAUUGAAAUGUUUGGUUUUGAAGUAAUGAACUCGGCCCUUUUACACAUACACCACUAAGUGACCUGAAGAUACUCCUUUCCUUUUUUUGUUGUCCCUCACAUUGUAGUAAAGGUGUUGUGAACCAAAGAUUAAGAAACCUGAAUUAGCUGGAACUGUAAAGUUCCUUAAAGAGGAGUUCCUGUUAUUCAUAAAACAGGGUAUAAAGUAUAAAGUGAGUAUCUCAGGACCAGCAGUAUAAAAUUAGAAAACAAAACAGAGGAAAUACUUGAAAACUAGUUGCUUGUUUUUUUUUUUUUUUUAUUUCCCAGCUCCUAAGUUAAGUGUGUAUAUCAUUGCUGUUGCAAAUGAUAAAAGAGAAAUCACAAAAGAUGAAAUGCCUUAAGAUAAGCAUUCCUUACCUGUACUAAUCAGUAUCUAGCACUGUAAAGGUUGCUACUGAGUCACUUGGAAAUAAGGAACUAUUAUGCUUGGCUUUUCUAUGUAUUGUUUUAUCUUAGUAAUGAAACUUCAGGCCAACCAGAUGAAGCAGCUGAGGCAUACACAAGGUCUAUGAGUCAUACACAAGGUCUUACCUACUGCUUGUGAUUAGUGGAAGACUGUAAAAUACCACUGCAUUUAGAAGUGGUAUUUUUUAAGCAGGACUGCUGUUCUGCUGAACCUUAGCUUGCCUGGGAAUGUGUGUUCCAUUUCUCUUGAAAUACCACACCUAGCUAUGACAAGAAAGUCAAGGUGUUCUUCAGUUUGUAGCUAAACAGCAAAAUGUAAACUAAUUUUCCAGGUGGUGGAUAUGGUUGGGUGUCAUAGCUGUGUCCCAGCUACUUCAUGGGCUGGACCCAAACACACAAACCUAUUCAUGUUUCCUGGCUUCCAUGUGAAGAAACUUAAAGCAAAUAGGACAAAAGAAGCUUUGACCACGUUCUCAUUGUUCUCAUCUGUGCGAGAAAGAUCCCAAGGUGUGCUGUGGGGCUUGUGUGGCUUGUGAUUUAAAUGUAGCUUCUCUUUACCAGUUUUUCUGUUGUUUUCUUACUGCCCCUACUGUUAUAUUUAGGUACCUAAAUGCCUCUUGGGUGUACCUUUGUUUUCCAUUCAUAUAAAAGAAGAAUACCCCUUGUAUUCCCUCUUCUCUUUUUUUAGAGGGUAAGGAUUUUGGAGUAGAAAGCCAGCAUCAAAGGUGAUAAUUUGAAGAUGGGAUGAUGCAUUUGUGAAUCUCCUGUUAGCGCAUCUAGUAUGUGAGCAUCAUAGCUGUAGAUGGGAAGCGUACUGUGGGGACAGUUACAGGACACAACAGAUUUUCAUCAUUCUGGCUUUAGAAAUCAACUCACUGCUUUAAAGCACUUCUGUGAAUAGAACUGAAGGUGCUUUUUCAGGAACCAUGGACUAACUAAAUUAAGCUGAGAGUGCCUGUUGUUUGUACUUGAUGUUACAACUUAAAGCUAGGCAGUGAGAUGCAAUUCUGUUUGCUUGUCCCUCAAAAGGCGACAGCUGGGAGCUGUAGGCAAAUGAAGAGAUUGAGUCACUACUGGGAAUGAAAGCUGCCAGUGCUGUCCUGUUCCUGUGGUCUGUCAGAGGACAGCCCUGCUGUGUUCAAAUGCAGCCUCAGCAAAUGACCCAGCUGUUGCACUUUCAGUGAUGAACUGCUGUUGAUUUAUGGGACCAUGUCAUACUAGUCACCAUUCCUUUUUUGUAUAUGGUCUAUUGGUGAGGGAAUCAUGGAAUUUCAGGGGAUAAAGCAAUUGAGGAUUCUCUCAGUAAACUUUCAUUUCUGUCUCUGCAUCUCUGGUGACCAUUCAGAAGGGAAAGGCAUAAACCAUGCUGAAAGAAGUGUUACAGAAGGAAAUCCUCUUCUACAGAUAGUGAAGCCUGUUAAUCUACUUCUCUUGCCAGUGGGACACUGCUUGCUCAAGGCCAUUUCUCACUCUUUUAUUGCUCCUGGAGACAACACAGCAGGGAUUGGGUUUUUUUUUCUCAGAUGAUGACAUAUAUUUAUGAUGCUACAUGGUAAACUGCUUAUCAAACCCUGAAGGACAGCACAGAGGUGAGGAAAGCAAAACAGAAGACAAACCAUCAGAGAAUAAGAUGGUUCUGUAAUACUGAACUUGAGGUAUCAAUCAUUGAUCCAGAUGAGUCUCUUGAGGGACUUCCAAUCUGGAAAAGCUGUGCUGUUAUUUGCCAUUAUAUGUGCAAAGGCCUGCUCAGGGGUAGGUCAUACAAGGUCCAGAUGACUUCAUUGGAUUUAGAUGUUCAUUACAGGUGCUAUGCAGGAAGGAUUUCCUUGUUUGGCUUUAGUCCCACCAGUGAAUCAUAAGAUCCAAGAUGGCUAAUGCAGAUAUUGCUUUUGCUGCUUUGGGGAUCUCCUUGUUUAAGUGACAGCAAAGAUCUGGGCCAUUGGCUCAAAUACUUUUUUGACUUACUGGCAUCCCUGGGCAUUCUUAAGUAUCAUCAUGGUGAAGUUGCCAAGGGAAGCACAAAGCCAAAUCUGGCCUCAAAGCUGCAUGUCGAGGAGGUGAGAUGAGGACUGGCACCUGCGUUAGGUGUGUUCCUAACAGACCUCCCUGGGUGCAAGGGCUAGGAUCUCAGCUGGUAUAAAUAGCUAGAAAUUUAUGGAUUUACCUAGGAUGAGUUUUUUCAAUCAUGAACACAGGUUGUGUGGGGUUUGUCAUGUCCCAGUUCCAGUCUAUGUGCACAGACACACACAGCUUCUUUCAGUGUUGCAGGAUUAGAAGAAAAGCACAUCAGCAAAGAUCCAUCUCUGUCUUCUCUGGAAGAAUAAUUCUUGGGAAUGGUCAGGGAGAACUAAUACUGAUUGUUACUGCUUGGGAUAAUCCCAUAUGUGCCCUCCUGUGGUUUGGUGUCUCAGGAAGGACCCAGGUCAUCUUAUUUGUGAAAUGUAAUUUUCCAGUUCUAUUGCAAGUUUGUCACCUUGCAUUCAUUUUGCAUUCACCCCAGCAAAGUCAGUGGGAAUUCAAGGCGGGAGACAGGAUUUCACUCCAUCUCUCUGUCCAUUCAGUAUUAUGGAACACUCAGCACACAACUAUGUGCACUUCAUCAGAUCUGCUAUUAAUUAAGCAUGCUCCUGAGGGACAUACACAGCCAGAUGUGACCAAGUCACCAAAGUGCUUGGAGUUUAGCUGGGUUUUGUCUGGAAUUUGUGUGAACUGUGAGUGUGAACUCUGGUGUUUUCAGGGGCAGAAGUUGUUUUUUUGUGUGGAAGACCCAUUUCUUAGGUUAUUUUUGAACUAAGGCUACAGGGUUAGAACAUGACAUUUUUCUCUCAGACCUUGGGAGUCACA